CCCAGCCGGCCGCCCCUGCCCGCUCCUAACUGCCCUAACAGCGACACUGGAGUCCGCCCGAGCUCCCCGACACGUCUGCUCUCCGCACACAGUGCCAGUUCCACUCCCUGCCCACAGGAGAGCACUCCCGCCACGGGGAAGAGGGGACCGAGCCGCCCCCGCGCCGCUGCCGAGCGCCCGCCUCCGCGCCCGGUGCGGCGGCGAAUGGCGUCCGGGCUCCUUCCGCCCCGCCGGCAGCUCCGCUGUGCCGCCGUCAGCAGCGCCCGCCCGGCAGCGGAGGCGGGGAGGGCCUGAACGGCCGUCAUGGUGGGCCCGGGCCCGGGCGGCGGGGUGCCGCUGGAGAACGCCAACCCUCUCAUCUACCGCCGCUCGGGGGAGCGGCCCGUGACGGCGCGGGAGGAGGACGAUGAGCUGCCCGACUCCAUCGACGACCGGGAGAUCUUCGAUCUCAUUCGCUCCAUCAACGACCCCGAGCACCCCCUCACCCUGGAGGAGCUGAAUGUCGUGGAGCAAGUGAAUGACGCAGAAAGCACAGUGGCAGUGGAGUUCACUCCCACCAUUCCUCACUGCAGCAUGGCGACGUUAAUCGGCCUCUCCAUAAAAGUAAAAUUGAUCAGAUCUCUGCCUGAGAGAUUUAAGCUGGAUGUUCAUAUAACACCAGGAACACAUGCCUCUGAGCAUGCAGUUAAUAAACAGCUUGCUGAUAAAGAACGUGUAGCAGCUGCUUUGGAAAACUCUCACUUACUGGAAGUGGUGAAUCAGUGUUUGUCUGCUCGAUCAUAAUUGCCCAAUGAGGAAAUCAUUGGUAUUCUGCUAUGUUGAACUAAUUUUGUAUAUAAGUGGUGAUGCUAGUGUUACACUAUCUAUGAGCAAAAUAAAAUCACUUGGAUUUUCUUAAAGAAA